GUUUCAUCGGAACUGUGCCGCAGUCAGUCCUUCACCACUCUUGCAUCCAGGCAACAACAACGUCGCAGGUCCCCCAUUGUUCUUCAACGUCUGCUGCAUUUUGUGUGUAUGAGCUUCAAGAUCACUCUAGCCAUGUAUAGCUAUCAAACUUUGGCUGUUUGGCUGUUGACGAUGGUAUGGGCUCAGCUUGCUCAGACCCAAUCAGCGCAAUAUCCGCUUCUACCAAACCAGCGUGAAGCUGCGCCACUCCCACACGACGAAGACCGCUUUAUGAUCACCAAAACUGUAUUCUUUGAGGUCAAUCCUGAGGAUCGCCCCAACGACGUGGCUAUACACGAAAACAUCAGCUCAACUAUCUUCCCCCGCGGAGUCACAGGCGGCAUUGAAUUCGUUCCCGGAGAAUGGGGUCAACAGCACAAACUCACAGCCCUUGUGCGACUCUCUUCAAACAACGAAAUAGCAUUAAACCUAGUCUCGAUAAGAAACGAUACUCGAAACCUCUUCGUAGACUCCGCCAGUGUGCCCUCGCCAUCUCUUGACUCCACCCUUGCACUAGAUCCCGCGCUCAAAGUCGACAUCGUAGUCUUCAUCAAGCCGCAAACCUUCCGUCUCCGAAAAACACACGUCUCAACCGUAAAUCUCAACAUCCAAUUCUUCCAGGACAUAUGGUUCGAAACAUACUACCUGACGCUUUCUGCAGUUAACGGCUUCAUAACCGGUUUACAAAGCCCGCGUUUCAUGGUCCAGGAUAUCAACAUAACAUCGCACCACGGCCCCAUCCUAGGAAACUGGUCCCUAAGCGCCUCAGCCUCCUUCACAACACUCACCAACAACAUCUAUGUGAAUUUGUUCCCGACGCUGUGGUCUGCCGGUCCCUAUACCACAGCCAAUAUAUUCGCGCAGUCGGAGAAAGGAAACAUCGAUAUCCGCAUGCCCUUCGAGCCGGACAAGCUAUCCCUACGGAACGGGAGUAGCAUCAUCGAAACGCGUCAAGGUUCCAUCACAGGAACGCUAGUCCACUGCGGCGAAACUGUCUUGAAAGCCGGGAACGAAAUCGAUGUCAAGUUGCUCCCGUAUUGGGCUUUUUAUAACCGCGAAGUUGUGAUGCCGCAUAACUACAUCACCACUGAAUCUGGAGAUGGGAAUACGACUGUUGAGGUCCUCCCACCGGUUUAUCAUAGGUACUAUAAGAUGAAUCCGUUGUUUUUUGCGGUGAGUAGACAUGUUCAGGGAGAUGUUGUAUCGGGGAAUGAGUAUCGGAGGAUGAAAUUGGUGUAUCCGGGACAGUGGGGUGGAGUCGCUACUGGAUAUGCGGGGGGUGGAGGGAAUGUGGAUAUCAGGGGAAAGGAUUUCGAGGAGGUGGAGAGGAACGGGAGUGUGGUGCAGGUCGAGAGGAGGCCGCUGGGAAGCCAGUUGUGGUUUGAGGCUGACGCGGGGUCUGCGGAAUUGGUGUUGGAGCCGUGUUAUGAGGUGGGUUGUGGGUUUCCGGAAGUUUAG